AUGACUGAGGACGAGAAGAGCAAUUGCCGGCUCUGUGAGAAAAUCGAGACCAAGUUCCGUCGACGAAGCGCUGAAGUCGACCGUUUGGACCGAUGGAAACGAGAAGGGGCCACCCUGGUGGCCUCGAUGGACCGGUCAUACAAACUCAUUAUGGACCUGGAGAAGGAGAUUUGCUCUCUGAAACGGGAACGGGAUGACCGAAGAAGCACUCUCCUGAGAUAG